AUGUUCCACGCGCGCCUCUUUGCGGAGACUGAAAAAUACCGACAAACGCACUUCCAAGCCUCCAAAGCGACGCCGACGAGUCCUGACCCCACCCCUACCGAGCCCGGCGAGCUUUUCCUCGACGGGAACCCCGCGAUAGAUAGGCCUCUCUUUGUCCAGUUCUGCGCCAAUGACCCGCGCUGGCUCCUAGAAGCGGCCCGCAAAGUCGCGCCCUACUGCGACGCCGUGGACCUGAACCUCGGCUGCCCCCAGGGCAUCGCCCGCAAGGGCCACUACGGCUCGUUUCUCCAGGAGGACCAGGACCUCAUCUUCCGCCUCAUCCGCACGCUGCGCGACGGCCUCGACGUGCCCGUGACGGCCAAGAUCCGCAUCCUCGACACCCGCGAGGCGACGUUGGCCUAUGCGCGCAACGUACUCGACGCCGGCGCCAGCAUCCUCACCGUACACGGCCGGCGCCGGGAGCAAAGGGCCACCUCACCGGCCUAG